CUUUUUCUUCUGAUUCCAUCACUGUGCUCUCGUCUGAGGCAAAUUCUCCAUUCUGAGUUUAUAUUCAGAACACCGAUCAAAUUAAGCAAGCCUGGGGAACUUCGUGAGGAAUAUGAAAGCCUGAGAAAGCUGAAAGAAGAAAAGUUACAAGAGGAGAAAACCUCUGAAGAUCAAAUCCAAAAGCUGUUACCAGAGGAUACAGAAACAGGGAAAAGGAAAAUGGAGGAACAGAAAAAGAGAGAUGAGCCAUUAGUACUGAAAACAAAUCUGGAGCGGUGUCCUGCACGUCUCUCAGAUUCAGAGAAUGAAGAACCUUCCCGAGGCAAGAUGACACAGACACAUCGCUCUGCAUUUGUUUCUAAGAACAACUCCUACUCCUUAGCUUUCCUGGCAGGGAACCUAAAAGUAGAAAGGAGUCAGAGCUGCAGUGACACUGCUCAGGACAAAACGAAGAGCAGACUCCGAGCAGCGCCAUCCAGCAAAGCCAAGGUCACAACUAUAACCCCAUCCUCCAACCCCAUUAUUGGUGUCCUCUUGUCCACUCAGAACAACCGCUGCCUCUCUGCCCCUGACUUGACCAUUGAAAAGCGUCUGCCCUUCAGCUCCCUCUCAUCCUUGGCUUCCCUACAUAAGCCCGAGCGCUCCAUCAGCCCUGAGAGCAACGACAGCAUCUCGGAAGAGCUCAACCACUUCAAGCCCAUUGUCUGCUCGCCAUGUACUCCUCCCAAAAGACUCCCUGAUGGCCGUGUGCUAAGUCCCCUCAUCAUCAAAUCAACACCCCGCAACCUAAGCAGAAGCCUACAGAAGCAGACUUCUUAUGAGGCCAGUCCACGGAUCCUCAAGAAGUGGGAACAGAUCUUUCAGGAGCGGCAGAUCAAAAAAACCCUUUCAAAAGCCACCCUCACCUCCUUGGCUCCAGAAACAGGGGAAGACUUGCUCGUCUCUGAAGUUAUCCAUUCUAGCAAGGAGAAGCCAGUUCUGGCUUUAAAUGCAAAACUGUGCAGUGGGCAUGUGCUCUCUGAGUGUGUUGGACCCACCCCCUCUGACCUGGAUUAUUUCCCCUCUGUUAGCCAAACAAAAGCAGAACAAGGCAGUGACAGUAAAAGGAGCAUUGAGAUCCCAUUGGAAACCUGCUGUUCUUCAGAAUUCAGAGUGGGAGCUAGUGGGACUUCUUUGGCGAGAGAGCAGUUUGAAGAGUCAGGGUCAACCCCAGAUGCCAAGUUAGACAAAGCUUGCAUAAGCACGGCCAUGAAAAUCUCGGCAGUUAAUUCAGCGCUGCCCAAAAACAGUGUUUCGGGUGGGGUUCUCAAAACAAAGAAACAGCUGAAGACAGUGAAUCAUUUUGAUCUGCCUAAUGGUGUUCUGGCAAACAACCUAGGUGAGGAGCCACUUCCUUCCUUGCGUCGGGGCCGGAAAAGACACUGUAAGACCAAGCACUUGGAACAAAAUGGGUCCCUUAAGAAACUGCGACAAAGCAGUGGUGAGGUGGGUCUGGCCCCAACAGACCCAGUCCUGCGAGAGAUGGAGCAGAAAUUGCAGCAAGAGGAAGAAGACCGGCAGCUGGCACUGCAAUUGCAGCGCAUGUUUGACAAUGAGAGGCGGACUGUGAGUCGGCGAAAAGGAAGUGUGGAUCAGUAUCUGUUACGGUCCAGCAACAUGGCCGGGGCCAAGUAGCACCUCGUGAACAGUGUUACCUAUUUUUAAGAGGUCUUUGUUUUGGGCUUGGUCAUUUAUCCUGAAGAACGGAGUGUUCUCACUUUGGGUUUUUCUUUAUCGCAAAACACCUUGAUGUGGUUCUGAGAGGUUCCAGGGCCUUUGUAGUCUAUAUCCAAGGGAACUGUGUUUCUGCCUCCAUGUGACCCAGGCCAGAAGCACUCCCCACCCCCUAAGUGACCCAUGCCCGAGGGCUUCUGGGCCAAAUCUGGCAGCAUCCACUUGGAAUGAGAUUCAGGAGCACAAUAGCCAGAGUUAGAAAAGGUAGACAAAGAGGGGAUACCUUCUCAAACCGAUAGAUCUGACUUCUUUUUACAGGGUGUAUUUUUAAAUCGACCUUGCAGAUAAAAAUAGGUUACAUCUUUUUCAAGGAAGUGGAACAAUAUAGUUCUUUGGUAGAUCCAAAAAGAUUAUAUUAGCCCUUUUCCUGACCCUUGCCACAAGUAAAUAUUCCUAAUGAAAUCAGUUGAGUUUUUGCUUCUAGAAGAGCUAAUUAACAUUCCCUGUUAAAAAGUAACAUUGAUUAAUGCUAUGUAGUGGACAGACCAUUUCAGUCAUUGUUUAACUUGGUCUUACUAGGAGACCUAACAUGUAAGUGGGAUUAACCCCAUUUUUAGAUGGUGAAACUGCAGCCGCAUAGCCCAGGCUGGACCACUGGGUCUCCUGACAACAAAUCCCAUGGAUUUUCCACACUAACAGGUUAUAAUGGACUACAACCCAAGGUAUGCCACGGGAGCCUAGGGAAAGCUGGGUAGGCACUGAGUACGCAUUGUGCAAAAAUCCAUACGCAGAUAAUUGAGAUUGACUGGAACUAUGAACAUAUACUGUGCAGUUAGCCCCACCCCACAGUUUAUAGCCUUCUUUUUUCCAGGGUUCCACUUGUGAGAUAAAGGACAAUUGGACAUCAUUAUUACUCUCCACAUGGCCAAGGGUUAUCUGCAAUGUUGAUCUGAAGUCCAAAAACUUUGCCCAGAAGUCAGGCAAGAACAAUGCUGAAACUCCAUACUAUGGAAACAAGGUAUCUAGCUGGAUGCAGCUGAUAAAUUCAGUCCCAUGGACCUUUGGGGUUUAUUUUCCUUAUCAGCUGACACCAUGUGUCUUUUGCAUCCCUGGUGGUGCUUGGUGCUUCUGCCCAUCUGGGCUCAUUGAGAAUAGGGAUUAAGAUGUGAUUUUAGGGAAUCUCAGAUGGGUUGGCAUUCCCUGUGCAUGUAUGAGCUGUUACUAUAAAGUCAUGUGACUGGCAUUUAACAAACCUUUCAGAGCUUGUAUGUCCCAAUGUAUGUUGUCCUCCUUGAGUGCCCCCAGCAAGAUACUGCAUAGUUUUUCCAAUGAUGUUGUCAUUGGUGAAAACAUUUCUGGAACUGUCCUCAAAGUCUAGAAACAUCUGGAAACAUGGACUCCUAAAAUGUUAGAACUGGAAGGAACCUUAUGGGUCAUCUCUUCCAACUUCUCCCUCUUAUUCAGGCAGAAGCUAAGAUCUGAAACGACGAUUCACUGAUCAAGGCCACUAGGGAUUUACUCUAUCACUGAUUUUGCUUCUCGGGAGAUUUGCCUCCCUUCUGUGAGCAAAUCUGUAAUCUUUUGGGGUUAUAGGAGAGAGAGUUUUAAGUUUGAAACUAGUCAGAAGCUAUUGAAGCCUCUGGAAGAGGAGGAUUUACAAGAGGGUUUGGAGUCAUAAAUGAGGUGCCCCUGUAAAGUCGUCAGAGCCGUUUUCAUGUGUAGCUCGUGAACAGUUCCCAGAGGGAAGUUCCAGAGAUGUCGUAAGAAUUUUGGUGAUCGUUGAGAUAUGUGGAACCUCCCUGGUGACUACUUUGGUGGGGAGUGUCACUCACCUGAAUGUAUGUAUUCUGUGUUCUCUGUCUGUGUGUGCACACGUGCAGAUGUGUGUUUAAAAAACACAUCAGUCUCAUUACUUUAUAUUCACACCACUUCAGUUCUAGGUCCUACCAGCAACAUAUGCCCUUCAAAGGCUGCUGGAGGGCACGUUGGUGCCCAGGAUAGAGCUGGUACUGGUCUGCAGAAGAUAGAAAGGGUGACUUACUAAAUGCCCUUAGAUAAAACAUCAGUUCCUGCUGUUUCAGAUAGUUCCUUUUCAAUCUUAUUAUCAGGAGGCUAGUCUCAUUGAUAGUAGCAAAGACACUUAUUUUUCCACUUGCCCCCUUUUUCUAUAUCCCCAAUAAUUCAAAAAAUACUUUUCAGUUGGAACUGACUUUUGUUUUUGGAAAAAAGAUAAAUAUUUUUAAUAGAAAAAGAUAUAUAUUUUAAAUAUUCCCCAGAGUAAUACUUUCAUUUUAAGAAAUUGCAUAGUAGUAGCAACAAGUUUUAGCUUCAGGUGCAGAGUGAAAAGCUGCCUGUUAAAAGAAUAUUCUGAAUUGUGGAUCCAGCUUACUGACUUUCCUCCUUGGCCCUGCUGUGGUGCCUACAAUGGUAUUGACAGUUGUUUACCAUACUUCCAUCUGAGCAGUAGUCCUUCAAGUAUAGGCAAAGCUGUUUAGGUUAAGGAGGGAUAAGGCUUAAUUUUUAAUCUGCUUGGCUUUGGAGGAGGCAAAAACCACUAAGGUAUUAUCUGUAUUUUAAGAUGCUUCCCAUACUUAAUAACUUAAACCUGAACACUUUUCCUUUCUGAAAACUUUCCCUCUCCUGUUCAUUGUGAAGUUGGUCACAGAUGAAGUUGUUGAUAUGAAUUCUUUGGAGAAAAAGACCAGGUAGGAAAGCAGAAUGAUGGGGAGGAUUUCUCAGCUAGAAUGAGACACACACUGUUUCAUAAAGCAAAUGUAUUUCUCACAAAUCAUUGGACUCCAAUUCACCACACAAAUUUCCCAUGUCCUACUACCUUUGUUCCUUGUGUAUAUGCAUUCUUUGUUUUCUCUCAUUAAAGGGGAAGUGAUGAGAGGUUGGAGGAUGGAGGUCAUUCUGAUGGGAAAUCUAAGAAAUGUGGUUCCCUGAGGAGGGGGCUCUCAUUUCUUUUCUGUAGAGUGGAAAGGACACUUCGGGAACAUGUUCAUGACUCUAAUGAUUGUAUCUGUUGGAAGAAGUCAUCUGAGCCUGUGGGGUUGGUAUCAAAUCAGGGGAGUAUGUAUCCAGCCCUUGGCCCCUUUCAUAUAAUUGUGCUUUUUAAAAGGUUAAUUCUUCUUGGCUGAGGUUUCCCAGGAAAAACCUUUGUAAGUGGCUUCAUUUAUUUUUUAAAUUUAAAGUUUUUGCCUGGAGGGAGUGCUAGUGAUGACUGUGUUUUUUGUUCAUUUUCCGUAAAAUGCCCUUGAGAGAUUAAAGCUGCUUAAUUAAUUGCUGUAUGAUUACAAAUUGACAAACUGACUAGGAUGGGAAGCUGCCACUGUGCUUGACUGGUGAAGCUAAUGACCGAAGGCUGUGCUGUUCGUCCUUUUUGUUCCAUUUGACAGACAUUUCCUGAACUUGGAACUUGUGCCAACUUUGUGUGGAGAUACAAAGAUGGAAAGUACAGUCUCUGCUCUUGUGGAGCUCAAUGUCUAAUGGAAUAUAUUUGAAUGUAUAUGUGGCUGGAGAAUUUGUUAAUGGUCUUAUGAAAGUCCAUUUCUUUCACAGUGAGCAUCUUGGAUGGUCCCAUUCAAGAUACUUCCCAGCACCAAGCAGGCUGCCUUGAACAUUUGAGAUACUCCCAUCAGUAUUUGUGCAUGUGGUUGCAGCACUGCUUUCCAUUUCCUAAGCAACUUUACCAGAAGAGGAUGAAUCUUAUCCUCCAGUGGCUAUAGGACAAUGCGAUCUCUUCAGAAGCUGCUUUCAGCAUAAGCCCCAUGAAAUGAGGCAGGCUGUGGGCCACGGAUGUGCUCAGAGGCCACGUCUCAACUUAGUAACCUCCUAACCUCUUCCCCAGUCAGACCUCCCAGCUGCGGCUGGCAGCAACAUGGGAUUUCUUUCCUUUUUCCUGCCUGGCUUUUCAUUGAGAUGGAAGGCUAGCAGGAGAGGAAGGAAAGAAAAAUUGAAGGCUGGGUCAUAAACAUAAAAUACUAUGUAGCUGGAAUAGGCAGGCAUGGAAAUCAUCCAAGGCAAACUUGCCUCCUUACCGUCCUCUUCUUUUUUAAGAAAUCAGCAACUUGAUGUUCAGUGCCCUGUGUCCUAUUUUAUAUUAUAGUUUUCUAGGGUCUGAAUAAAUAGUACUUUAUGUUACACACACACACACACAAUUUGGUAAUGAGGGGGACAACCAAAUGAUUUAGGAGGCUAUUUGUUUUAAUAGCUUUUCUUCCUGAAUUUUUCAGGUAGAAUUAAAAUCCCCCUGAAUAUCCACUCAGGUAGGAAAACCCCCAUAGUGUAAUGUGAAUAUGGAAUCUUGGGAAGUGAUAUAUUUUUAUUGGGACAGUCAUUUUAUCUACCAAGGGUUAAAACCCAGCCAGCCCUUCAUUUUUCUUUGAAAAUCAAGAACUUAGGGUUUUAAAUCUUUUUCAGCCAGCUUUUUCCUUCAACCCAGAGAGUGAUCUUUUGAAGUGAAUGUAGCUGUUUAUAAAUCUUGGGACUUAAUGAGAAAGCAGGUCUGCUUUUUGGGAGGUUGAGGGGCAGUGGGAUUCUAGGGAAAUAGGCUGCUGAAUAGAUUUUCCUCCAGAGAGGAUCCAGAAAUGUACCCUUACACAUGGUUAUUAUCCACUGUAACUUUCUGAAUAGGAUUGUUCUACAGAAAAAGAUACUUCUAGAUAUAUAGAGGUCACCAGUUUAGAGACUGGUUAAACUGGAUGAAGGAAAAGUGCCAAGACUGUAUGUGCACAUUGUUCCAUGUAUUAUCAGUAUUUUUUUCUUCCUAAGAAAAAUAUUUACACACUGCUUCGUGAGUAAAUGCUUUCUUAAUGUCUUGUCAGUCAGUGUGGGAGACAGCCUCAAACUUGGAGCAGGUUCCCUCUCUACUUUUUCUGGUUUCUUAAGAACUAGUUGGACAAAGCCAAGGUAAGGCCAAGUGUGCUCAUCUUCCUUUCCUCUACUUCAGUAAGGGGUAAAAACAGGCAGUGACUCCUCAAAGAUCAGUCUGUUAUAGCUCAAGUAGCUUUUGGGCCCUCCUGGCUCCUGAAGGCAGCAGUCACAUUCUCCAGCCCACCGUCCAAGCUGUGCCACAAAUGGGAGCAGGGGUUCUGCCUCAGUGGGGUCAACCCUUGGCCUCCAGCAGAGGAGAGAACAGUUAACUGUGCAAGGAAAAGAAAUGGUUAUCAUAAAUGCCAAAUUUUGAGUGUGUGUGCUUGAUGUGCUCUUUACUCUCACUUCUUUUACACAAACAGAAUUGUCCUUAGGGCCUUUCUCCCUCCCACCUAGAAAUAGAAAAUGGGUUGUAUAUUGGUUUUACUCAACUUGCUGUGUGCAUUAGAAGUGGUGAAGGGGUCUGGAUCCUUGUGGACUGCCACUGUUGGCCAUCUCCUCUCACACUCAUAAAGAACAUUUUGACAAAGACAGAGGACUUAGAACAGGUCAUGCCCUGUCGAGGAUGCUUCUGCCAACAAGGAAAUGGCAUGGAAUCAAAUGGGAUGAUGUGUUGUUUAUUUAAACAGUACCAAAGUGCAUUCUUCAGUGGCUGUUUACCUGCUUGAGGAGAGGCCUAAGUUGAGAAUAUAGUGAAGCAAACUUAUGAAAGUAAAUGUUCUAUUUUUAGUUGAAAAUCUGGAGAGCAAUCUCAGGCAAAUCUGGGCUAAACUUAGGCUGUGUGUGUUUAAUUUUUGAUGCUACCUUUGUUCUGGGAGAUGCCCCACAUUGGAAUGUCCUGCUUUGGCAUUCAGAGUGAUGGGAGAAGUUAGGUGGGAUGGGGUUUCCGUAGUGCACAACUAAGUCUUCUGAGUUCUAAGUUAUUUCCAGUUUAUAACUGUUAUUCUCAUAACCAUUCUUCUAAUGAAUGUACCAAGAAAGUAUCCAAAUAAAGAACAAAUGUAUAGGA